CCUCUUCUUACUUCCUCCAUCCUCCUCACCCUGUGAAUAGUGCCGAUCGCUACUUCUUGUUCUACUUGAUUCUGACUUAUUCGAGAAUUGACCUGGUUGACAAGGUGGUGAAACUGCAAUAUGCAGUUCAAGUUUUUUACGUGCGCGGCAUUGCCGCUACUUCUGAAUCUUGUCAGCGGUUCUCCCGACAGUCGUAUCACAAGAUGCUUCAAAGAACACACAGGCUCUAGCUCGGCGCCCAACGUCAGCAAUAAUGUGUACCAGACCGGCUUCGAUGGUGUGACCUGGGACGAAGACAAUUGGCUUCUGAGUUCGACAAACUUGGAACAGGGUCGCUUUCAAUCCCGAGGAGCCGUGGCGAACGGAUAUUUGGGUAUCAAUGUUGCCAGUGCUGGCCCUUUCUUUGAGAUUGAUACUCACGAUCAUGACACCAAUGGCUGGCCACUUUUCUCUAGACGCCAGACCUUUGCAACGGUCAGUGGGUUCUUUGACUCACAACCUACCACAAAUGGCAGCAACUUUCCCUGGUUGUCCCAGUAUGGAGACGACAGUGUGAUCAGUGGUAUUCCCCACUGGGCGGGAAUUAUCCUGGAUCUCGGUAAUGAUACCUAUUUGGAUGCAAAGGUCGACAAUAAGACCAUCUCCAAUUACCGAACCACAUACGACUUCAAAGCAGGCAUCUUGGUCUGGUCUUACAAAUGGACGCCUCAGGGAAACAAGGGAUCUUACCAGAUUACCUAUCGUCUUCUCGCCCACAAGCUGUACGUCAAUCAGGCUGUGGUCGAAAUGGAGAUUAUCCCGACCACGGAAUCUAAUGCGACCAUCGUCAAUGUUAUCGAUGGAGCUUCUGCAGUGCGCACCGACUUCGUGGAGACUGGAGAGGACAACGGCGCAAUCUUCUCGGCAGUCCGGCCGAAUGGGAUUUCUAAUGUCACAGCUUAUGUUUAUGCGAACCUCACUGGGUCGCCAAAUGUGGAUCUCUCUUCGCGCAAGAUUGUGACCAACAAGCCAUACGUUCACUCCAACGAAUCCUCCAUUGCGCAAUCUGUGGAUGUGAAGUUCAAGCCUGGUCAGUUAGUUCGCGUCAUCAAAUAUGUCGGAGGUGCUUCUACGGAUGCCUUUGUUGAUCCGAAACAAACGGCCAAGAAGGCUGCCUCCGCCGCGAUGAGCAAUGGCUACACCAAGUCUCUUCGAACCCAUAUCGUGGAAUGGGAAAAUGUUAUGCCGGACGCUUCGGUUGACCACUACGCGUUCCCCAACGGGACAUUGCCUGCAGAUAGCCACAUCAUUGAUUUGGCAGUAAUCUCCGUGGCCAGCACUUACUACUUGCUGCAGAAUACUGCUGGCAAGAAUGCAGUCAAGGAAGCCGCGGGAGCACCGGUGAAUGUGGACAGCAUUUCAGUUGGUGGCUUGACCUCUGACUCAUAUGCUGGCCAAGUCUUCUGGGAUGCGGAUGUAUGGAUGCAACCCGGGCUUGUUGCUUCUCACCCAGAAGCCUCCGAGCGGUUCACCAAUUUCCGUGUGGCCAAGUAUGCCCAAGCACAGGAGAAUAUCCAGACUGCUUUGUCUGGCUCCAAGAACCAGACACAUUUCAGUCCGUCAGCUGCAAUCUUCCCUUGGACCAGUGGCCGUUUUGGCAACUGCACCGCUACUGGUCCUUGCUGGGACUACCAAUAUCACCUGAACGGAGAUAUCGGAAUUUCCCUGGUUAACCAAUGGGUUACAAGUGGUAACACAAAGGUCUUCAAAGAAGAACAUUUCCCAAUCUACGAUUCGGUGGCUACUCUCUAUGCGGACCUGCUGGUUCGAAACGGGUCUUAUUGGACAUUGACCAAUAUGACCGACCCUGACGAGUAUGCCAACCACGUUGAUGCGGGUGGCUUCACAAUGCCACUCAUUGCCGAGACCCUCCGAGAUGCCAACGUCUUCCGUCAGCAAUUUGGACUUGAAGAAAAUGCUACCUGGGAUCAAAUGGCUGACAAUGUCUUGGUGCUUCGUGAAAACGAGGUGACUCUCGAGUUCACUACCAUGAAUGGAAGCGCUGUCGUCAAGCAAGCUGAUGUGGUUAUGGUCACCUAUCCCCUGGGCUAUACUGCCAACUACACCAGCCAAAAUUCGCUGAAUGAUCUGGACUAUUACGCAGCCAAACAAUCUGCUGAUGGCCCUGCCAUGACCUGGGCUAUCUUUUCUAUCGUCGCAAACGAAAUGUCGCCAUCUGGCUGCUCAGCAUAUACAUAUGCGCAGUACUCAUACAAGCCUUAUACCCGCGCGCCAUUCUACCAAAUGUCGGAGCAAAUGGUGGAUAACGCUACCAUUAAUGGAGGCACGCACCCGGCGUAUCCAUUCCUGACUGGUCACGGUGGUUCCAAUCAGGUUGCCAUAUAUGGUUAUCUUGGAUUGCGACUGGUAGCAGACGACAUCCUCCAUGUGGAUCCAAAUUUGCCUCCCCAGAUUCCAUACCUGAAGUAUCGUACCUUUUACUGGCGGGGAUGGCCCAUCUCGGCGUGGUCAAAUUACACACACACGACCAUCAGCCAUGCCACAGAGGCUGUCCCACUGGAGACUGCCGAUCAGCGAUUUGCCAACAAAACAAUCACGAUUCACUCUGGCCCAGAAGUUGGUGCCACCAUUUACCAUCUCCCUCUCAAGGGCUCUGUUGUCAUUCCUAACCGACAGAGUGGAUCGGAGAAGACUGUGGCAGGCAAUCUCGUACAGUGCCAGGCUGUUUCCUCUUCGGAUGCAUUUGAGCCUGGCCAAUUCCCCAUUUCCGCAGUAGACGGCGCAGCCUCGACAAAAUGGCAGCCCUCGCUGGCAUCUGAGGUAAACUCCGUGACCGUCUCAUUCGAAGAUGAGGUCGGCGCUAUGGUAUCAGGCUUCUACUUCGAUUGGGCGCAGGCACCCCCGGUCAAUGCCACAGUUAUCUUCCACAAUAAGACCCUGGAAGAUCCCGCGAAGGCGCUUUCCGCUCAAAGCUCGGACUACACAGUUGUCCACAGCCUGACAAACAUCAUUCAAUCGAAUCCAUACGAACCCGGGGCCACCAACCUCGAUAUCAUUGCCAUCCCUACCGGAAACACAACAAAUGUGACUUUGUCAUCCCCCGUGCCAGCAGCGCGCUAUGCGUCUCUGCUUAUCGUGGGAAAUCAAGCGCUUGACUCUGUUGAUGUGAAAGCUAAGAAUGGAACCGGCGCGACUGUUUCCGAGUGGGCUAUUCUCGGACAGGAAAAGAUGCACACUGCUUCCUCAGGCCCCAAAUCUGCCAAUAAGAAGAUGAACGUGCGAGCAGCAGCCGCCGUCUCAGGCGCGGAUGCCUUUAUGCGUCGGCGUCGAGAGUUUGUGUUCUAG